UAAAUCGUCUUCCUAAAUCCCCCAGUGAAGAACUUCACUCAGCUGAACUCAUCGAAUCAGGAAUCAACACGUGUCGACUUCAUUCCAAUCAUCGUGGACUGUUCACAACUACCCAAUUAUCAAACUCUCUAUAUCACCGUUUCCCACAGAUUCCUUUUACACGAUCAGAAUUCAGGAGCACUCAUUAAAUUAAAAUAUCCUUUCUUCUAUUAUUAUAAUAUAUAAAAACGCCAUGGUGGUGAUAACUGGUGGUGGUGGGGUUGCAGUUUGCACGUGCCAGUACAGUAGGCGCCUAUUCUGCGGUGGGCCCACUCUUUCUAUUCCCAGAACCAAUCGCACCGUUGAUUCACAACCAGCGCUUCUGAUUGGCUGCACCACCAGCAGAAGAAGAAUAACUCACACUCGCACCAGCAGCAGCAGCAGCAGCAGCGGCGGAGGACGACGGAGGAGGAUGACUACGAGCGCGGCUGCGACGUCGGCGACGGAGACCUUGAAGAAAGGAAUCGCGGAAUUCUACGACCAGUCUUCGGGAGUGUGGGAGGACGUGUGGGGGGACCACAUGCACCAUGGAUUCUACGAGCCUGCCUCCGACGUCUCACUCUCCGACCACCGCUCCGCUCAGAUCCGUAUGAUUGAGGAGUCCCUCCGCUUCGCUUCUCUCUCUGAUGAUUCAGUGCAGAAGCCGAAGAGUAUAGUCGAUGUAGGAUGCGGUAUAGGAGGCAGUUCUAGGUACUUAGCCAAGAAAUAUGGAGCUAAAGCUCAAGGCAUCACUCUUAGCCCUGUGCAAGCACAGAGAGCUCAAGAACUUGCUUCUGCUCAAGGAUUAGAUGCCAAUGUAUCGUUCCAAGUUGCCGAUGCAUUGAACCAACCGUUUCCCGAUGGGCAGUUCGAUUUGGUUUGGUCCAUGGAGAGUGGCGAACACAUGCCAGACAAAACAAAGUUUGUGAAUGAGCUGGUUCGUGUGGCUGCACCCGGUGGAACAAUUAUUGUAGUUACAUGGUGUCAUAGGGACUUAUCUCCCUCCGAAGAAUCACUUCUUCCCGAUGAGAAAAAUCUGUUGGAUAAAAUAUGCGAUGCUUAUUAUCUUCCGGCAUGGUGUUCAACUGCAGACUAUGUUAAAUUACUCCAAUCCCACUCUCUCGAGGAUAUUAAGUCUGAAGAUUGGUCGCAGUACGUUGCUCCAUUUUGGCCGGCUGUAAUAAAAUCAGCACUCACAUGGAAAGGGAUCACUUCAUUGUUAUCGAGCGGAUGGAAGACAAUAAGGGGAGCGCUGGCGAUGCCGUUGAUGAUCCAAGGAUAUAAGAAGGGUCUAAUCAAAUUUGCUAUUAUUACAUGCCGAAAACCUGCAUUAUGAUCGAUAAUACAUAUAUUUAAUGUUAUGGAAUAAUCAAAUUCAAGAAUGUGAGAGGGAUAUUAUAGGAAACCUGCAGAUGGAGAUUAUUGUCUUCAGUUACCUACAUUUAAAACAAUUUUAUUUUUAUCCUCUAUGGGUGGAUUCAUAAAAGUACUUUUUCUUGUUAUAGUUGAAACAAAUUCUUACUAUGGUCUUCUUUACCAAUUUGUUGAAGUAA